AUGGCGGCGACGACACUUCAGCCGUACAACUCGGCCGCGGUGACAACCCUGUCAAGCGAGUCGAGCUGCGCAGAACCGUGGACGGGCGCAGACGGCAUUGCUCGGCGACAAGAGAGAGCAGAGCAAGGUGCUGACUGGCACGGCACAACUCACUCUGACAGUCUCAACGAUCUUCUCGACUUCCAUUCAUCCCUUCAAUACUUUGUCACUAGUCAAGCACUCCCACAGCUGCCAUCGCAGCAGCAUACCGGCGGCUACAUGCAUCCAGCUCGCCCCUGUAGCGCGCCGGCCCCCUCAACUUCGCUGCUUGCUCCAACGGAUGAUCUACUCAGCGACGUGCUCACGGUGGAUGAGCAGCAGCCGCAGAAACCGAGGCAACCUCUGCUCAGCAAUGACAGCGUUGAGUGGAAUCACCCCUUCAAAGUAGCGCAAUAUGAUAUGAGCGACAGUCUUUCACGAGACUGGCAAGACAGUCCAGCUGCCACUUACUGGCCUCUCGCUGUGGAAAACAACCGGCGUGGCUCAUCGCUGAGCUCGGCCUCCUCGACAGGCCUCGCGCUGUGGAACAGCACCAACACGACUCCCGCAACUAGUCAUGCCGGAUCACAGAGGAGCAGCUUCAGUCUGAACGAUUCUGUCGUGCCAGCAUCCCUUGAUGCCGCAGCAAGCGCGUGCUUCUGGCCCGGCACCAAUGACCCUUUUGCCCCCAUCUGCGCCCCUGCUUCGCAGGUGUGCGAGGCUCUCCUCGCCUUCGAUGAUGCUCUUCAGCACGAUACCUUGCGCAGCACCAGUCAGCAGCCCACCACCCCGCACACAGCCAAGCCUGUCGGCAGCCUGGCCCAACGUCCCGAGACUUCGCUUGGUCUGCCCUCAAGCAGCCUCCUGGCCAGCGGACCAGCACAACGUCACACUCUUCUCGGUCCAACGACUAGCACUCGCGUCAGCGCUGUACCGCUCUUUGCGCACGAGUCAGUCCCUUCUUUGACGCCGACGCCGUUCACCACAUGCUUCGACCAAAGGCAGCUGGAUGCCACAGUGAGGCUCACUUCUGAGCCCCAGCCCCGACUGCCCACUUCGGAUCUGCCUUUACUCAACCUAGGGGAGAUUCCCUCCCCUUUGGGCUCGCUCGUAAACGAGCAGCGCCGCACCGUAGAUGGCGUUUCCCCUUCGGCCGUUGAAAGUCUUCCCGGAAUCAUGCUCUCCAAAGACGCCAUUCCUCCUUUGCAGACCUUUACGCCUUUGUAUGGCAGCCCAGGCAAAGCAGUCACGUACGACGAAGAGCCCGGGAGCUCUGCCGUUGGUAGCGAAACGAAAGCCAGUGAGAGCCCAAUCGCAACGGCGUUUCGUCGCAAGAAGGAUCGGUCGACCGUCGCUUGCAACCCUUGCCGCAAAUCUAAACGCAAAUGCGAUGGAGACUGGCCCUGUGCAUCUUGCCGACGUCGAAAGGACCCUGCUUACCUGCACUGCACCUACGACCAGCGCGUCUCGCCGGGCAAGCGUCCUGCCAAAGUCAAUGCUACGCCUCGAGUCAAGAAGAAGAAGAAGCCACAGAAGCGUUUGCUCGAUGUCAAAGCGAAGAUUAUGCCUGAGGCUAGGCGUCAAGAGCUCAGUACUACGGCUGGCGGCAGCGGUACCAUGGACGGGCAGGCAGCCGCCAGCAAGACCGGCCCCCUCGCGCAGGAUCUGUGGGACUCGGUCGCGUUCGUUCCAAGCCAGCCUUUGGCGACCUUUGGACACUACGAUCAAGCCUACGCCAGAUCCGACUCAGGCCUGGCCCUGCCGACCUCCUCGAUCCUGCCGAUCCUUGACUACGCUUCUUCCAGCGAGAUCAACGACCUCUUCAGUACUGCACUGCACGUCUCCAGCCUCGACGAUAGCGCUGGGUCCUUCUAUCCCGAACUGUCGCCUCUGCCUCCUGCAACUCCAUGCUUCGCGCCUAGCAUCGGUGGCGAACAUCACGCAAGCGGGGGACCCAGCGCAGCGGGCGAAGCACAGCAGCAACUUGGCUACGUCCUCCCCUCGACUUUGCCAUUGGUACUGCCGCACGCAGUUCUGCCAGAGGGCCAUGCCCCUGACGCUACCUCUGCAGCUAGGAACGCGCUGGUGCCCUUCAAAGGAGGGGCGCUUUAG